AUGAUCGCCAUAGGACUGGAAGGAAGCGCCAACAAGAUAGGCGUCGGUGUCAUCUUCCACCCUGGUCCUAACAAGCCACCGAUCAUUCUCGCGAACCUGCGGCAUACCUAUGUUUCCCCGCCCGGCGAAGGCUUCUUGCCCAAGGACACCGCAAUACAUCACCGAGCAUGGGUUGUGAGGCUAAUCAAGCAGGCUGUGCGCCAAGCGGGAGUCAAAAUUGAAGAUAUCGAUUGCAUAUGCUAUACCAAGGGCCCAGGUAUGGGCGCACCGUUACAAAGCGUCGCGCUUGCAGCCAGGACGAUUAGUCUACUGUGGGGGAAGCCCAUGGUGGGCGUGAACCACUGCGUUGGUCACAUCGAAAUGGGUCGCUCAAUAACCCGCGCCGAUAACCCCGUGGUCCUAUACGUAUCUGGUGGCAACACACAAGUCAUUGCUUACUCCGCCCAACGGUAUCGCAUCUUCGGAGAGACCCUGGAUAUUGCUAUAGGAAACUGCAUCGAUCGAUUCGCCCGCACACUUAUGAUACCCAACGAUCCAUUUCCCGGAUACAAUGUUGAGCAACUGGCAAAGGAUGGCAGAAACCUCGUCGAUCUACCAUAUGGCGUCAAAGGCAUGGAUGCGAGCUUUUCGGGAAUAUUGGCUGCAGCCGAUCUCCUCGCGCGCGGACUAGACGAGUCAUUACCCGACGAGAAGAGAUUAAAGACUGAAGAUGGACAGCUGGUCACAAGAGCAGACAUGUGCUUCUCACUACAGGAGACCAUCUUCGCUAUGCUUGUUGAGAUCACCGAGCGAGCCAUGGCACAUGUUGGUUCACAACAAGUGCUAGUAGUAGGUGGCGUGGGCUCGAAUAUGCGUUUACAGCAAAUGAUGGGCAUGAUGGCAAGAGACAGGGGUGGCAAUGUGUUCGCAACAGACGAGAUGUUUUGCAUUGACAACGGCAUCAUGAUUGCUCAUGCGGGUCUAUUAGAGUACGGAACUGGAGUAAAGACAGAGCUGAACGACACGACAUGUACGCAGCGGUUCAGAACUGACGAGGAUGAACGAAGCUCGAUUUCGCAAGCGUCCCGUCAGAUACAGCAGCUUCAACAGAAGAACGAGGCACUCGCACGCGGACUCGCUACAUGUCAAGCUCAUAUUGUUCAGCUAGAAGGGCGACCGACAACUAAGCAAUAUGAUGACAUCGCCGCAGCGCACGCGCUUACUAGAGAACGCGUCGACGCUCUGAUCACGAAGGCAGAUGCAUUGGCUGCUACAUGUAACCACAAGGAGGCUAUCAUCGCCGCUCAAGAUCGCGAGAUCAACGAACUUCUAUUUGAACAGGGGCGAGACAGGAGCACCCUCGAUACUCUACGUGGAAAGCGCCAAGCGGAUCGUAAGGCCAUAGACGAUUGGUCUCGUCGGAUCGCCGAACUGGAGCCGACAUGCAACGAGCAGGCGAGUACUAUCGCUAUUCUUCGCAAGAAUAAUAGUGGUUUGGAAGCCAAAGUUCACGGCUUAUCCGACUUCGUUACCAAGAAGGAUGAUGAGCUAGCACGGCUGAAGUCAGCUCUCGAUUCAGCCUCCGCUAUAAACGAGAACCACGACGUUAAAGGGCGCAAUUCACUUACCUGUAAUUGCAAAGCCGACUUGGUGAAGCAAAGCACUACUUAUCGAAAGCUUUCCGACCAUUUUGCGGAGAGAAGCAAACUCUGGGAAGAUGCCGAGGAGAAUGUCAAGCGUGCAGCCCUUAUCGCCCAAGCGGAGACUCGUAACAACCACGCGAACUGGCUCCAGAUCUUGCAGGAGAAGGACGCUGUCAUCGCUGGCUUGGAGACUACACUGGACGCAGCGAUGGCCAAAGGCGACCUAGCCAAGCAUACCCAGCACGCCAUCAAGACGCAUCAAGCCUUGCGUAAGAAGAACGCAGCAUUGGGCAAAGAGAACAAGAACCUCAAGACGGAUGUGCAGAAUCUGCUCGAUAUCAACCAGUCGAAUGCAGAUCGACUGACAUCGUAUUUGAGGAAGCUUGAGACGCUGCAGGCCGAACGCACAGAUGCGGUCGAUCAAGUCUCCCACCUGAACGAUAACUUGACGAAGAGCAAUAUAUACGCUUCAGAUCUGCAGAAAGUCAUCGCUGCUGCAGCUGCCAAGGCGAGCCAGGGCGCUGUCUCCAACACCACAGACUGCGUUCCACGAGCCACUGUUAACGGCAUGGUGGCAGAGGCCAUAGCGGAGUAUUACACGCAGGCAGAACAACUUCGCGCUGAGCUUCAGCAGGAACAAGAGACACGUCGACACAUUCAAGCCAAAUUGGACCAGUGUGACAAGGAUCUCUUCACACACCAGACCGAGGAGCAAGAUCGCUUAGCCAAGGUAGCUGAGCUUGAACGCAAAGUACAGUCACUGGAAGCACAAGAGAAGCUUCUCGAAGACCAAAUCCAGAACUGUCAUGCCUUGGUCAGCGCUACACACACCACCAGUAGCCCACAUGCUUUCGAAAUGCAUCGCUUGAUCCUCACUCAGAUUCACCCACUCCAAACAGAGAACAGGAAACUCAUAGCCGAGAAGUACGAACUCCUGAAAGAUGUUGAUAUGUUCAAGCUUGAGGCGCUCGAUACACGUGCCAAGUGCGAACGCAGGAUCGACAACUACCGAGCAUGGUACAAAGACUUUGAGAUGCAUUACUGGCACGUGGCAGUUGUCGAGCGUGAUAGCCUGCACGAAGAACUUGCGUAUUGGAAGAAGAAGUGUGGAAAGGAACAUUUCUACUCCUCCACAGCUUCCAGUCGCUUAGUUCACGACAGACGCUUACUACAGUUUGCGCUACGCGAAGACCACGGCCUGACCAAGAGCAUGCUGCCUAAGGAGUACUUCGAUCCAGACUUCCUCAAGGGCUGCCACUCAGCAGUUGAGCUGGCUUUGCGUAAGCUCUGGCCGGACUUCUGGCAGUACUUGGAGGGACAUGCCGCGUGGGUGCCUCUCACGGUUCCCCUACUCACGGGCGAGGGUGAGAUCGUCAUGGAUGAGGCGACUCGUGCGGCGUCGAAUGCGCGGCUGGCGGAGUUCAAGAAGGAACUUGAGGCGCUGGACGAAAAGCUCGAAGAGGCGCAUCGCAAAAUGUUCGACAUUGACGAUGGGUCGGACAGCGACGAGGAAGAGAAAACCGACGAGGAAGAUGAUUCUGACGGUAGCAAAGAACAUAUCGGCACGCCUCGUAAUACCCCAGGCUCGCACGACACAGGUGAUACGUCACCGCCUUCUAGCAAGCGCAUAUCACAUGAGCGAGGAGACCCGAACGAUAGCGCGAAAGCUGACGGCUGCCAUCCUGAUGAUGGUCAGGAUUCCACAGCGAUCGGAGAGGAAGAGGCGCGGGAGUAUGAUGAGCUACCUGCAUUUGCAAAAACGAUGCUUGCGCGCAUCAGCGCCCACGAAGCCGAAAAUGAGCAGCUUGCCGGUUACGUCGCUGACGAAGACAUCGAUCAAGACGCGUUCCUAGCGCAGUAUGGUCAGGGUAUUACGGGUUCUCAAGACAGCAAUCUACCCGAUCCGACCGAAUCUAUUCAAGUCGCUGCGCACGUCGAACAAAUAAGCAUCGACCGCCUGGACGUGAACGGUGAUGAUGGACGUACUCUUGAGCAACGAGUCGCUGAGGAAUAUAUGGAGGGUGGGCACAAUACGUUUUCUGAAGAGGAGUAUGAUGGCUUUGAUGAUGGGAUGAAGAAGAAGUAUCGCGAGGCUAUGGUAGAAGCCGUCGUCGAGGGCCUGGACUGA